UCAUAUAUAGAAAUCUAGCGUUUAGGCUAACUACUUCUUGUUUCCUCUGUUUUCUUUUAGUAUAUAGUCUGGUCUAGAAACAAGUGAGGGGCCAAAGCAAGAUUGGGUUUUUGAGUUGGGUCUCAGAAGAAGAUGAAGUUAGUUUUGAUGGACAAAUAGAAUUUUCUUAGUUGGGUGCAAGAUUUGUGCCAGAUUGAGUCCUUUUGCAGCUCCUGCUGCAUCUGGUACUAAUUCAGAGACAUUAGUGCAGAGUAUGCAAACAUAAUACCAAUCGUUCCAUAAGGCACUAUCGGAGCCCACUAUUAAGUCCAAGCAAUCACAUUUUGUUCCCUACUGAUGAUUGAGUCUAAUACAUCGGAUGAAAUAAGGCUGGAUAAACUCAUUUAGGUGUGAGAUUUCAACUCAAAAGGCCUCGGUACAACUAAUACCGAACCAUACCUAUAGCUUGUAUGGGGCUAUACAAUUCCAACAUUAUAGAUUUAAACGAUUCUCUAUUAUGAUUAUACUGUGGUCUCCUAAACUUUGACCUAUACCAAACAUUUUCUUACUCUUACUCCUAUUUCAUCCAAAUUCCUUUCACAUAGCCAUGGAAAACCCAUGCGGCAUUCCAUUGGAAACUUCAAUUUUGGUUCUUCUGGUCUUUUGAUAUCAUCUUCCCCAUUAGCCAGGCUGGCCAUUUCCAUGCCAAAACAAAACCAAAUGAUUCAUACCACGUGUUAUCUAUGCUGCUAUGACAUUUACUAGAAUGACCUUCUCUGAAUUUAGAAACUUGUCUUUUGGACUAGUCACAACGCACAGAAAAUUCCCUAGGAACAAGUCAAAGAAAUUAAUUUCCGUGUUUGAUGUUUGUUGAAUGAAAUCACACAAGCAUGCAUGUUUCAUACAUUAAACUAUUAAAAGGUAGUAGGUCCAUUUAAUGAAUUCUUGAUCAAGAUUCUUCUUUCAUAAUAUUACCUUUAUAAUAGCUAUAGUUCGUCAAUAAAACAAAGCUUUCAUUUCAUGUGCGCGGUGGUUGUGCCUUUUUUUAUUAAAUAUAUAGUAUUGUAGGGACUGAAAAUGUCUUAUUCCAUUUGCAUGUGCUAUCAUGAAUACUUUGUACAUAAUUCAUGUAUUGAAAUUAGGAAUUUUUAGUGAAGGUUUCACUAGUGUAGUGGUUUGAAGUAAUUGUUAUUCGAAGAAACAUUCUAAAUUCGAGUCGUAGUACCCGUAUAGUGUAUGUGAGUUUAGCAUAUUAUUAUUCCUCUGAACAAAAAAAUCUUUAAAAAAUAUUAAAGAAUCUUCAAAUGGAAGUAAGUUAUAAUAAUUUCUGCCUCGGAAAAAGGUGCUCUAUAAUUUGAUAUAUUUACCUGAGAAAAAGUAUAUUUACCCGAGAAAAAGUUGUGGGGUAGUAGAAGUUUUCUGCCUAAGAAAAACUUGCCCAAAAAUUGUAUGAGAUUUUCUUCUUUUCACAUUCAAGGCCCUCCUCCAAUUCAUCAACUACCCUUUCGAAAAAUUGCUAGUUUGGAGCUCACACUGUUUGACUAUACCUUUGAAGUUGACCAGGAGUCUUACUAACUCUAAUAAAUAAAUAAUAAAUAAUCAUUUUAAUUCCUUAAAUUACGAAAAUACCCAUAAAUUAUUGAACAGAAAAAACUCAUUAAAGCAAAAAAGAUAACAUAUUUGGUCAGCAGCCUCCAAAAUAUUCAAAAGCUGUGUGCACUGUCCCCCCACAACAGUCAACGAACGCCGCCCAUAUGAUCAAACCAAAACCUCAUUGCAUUUCAUCACUCAACUCUCUAAGCCACUUCCCGCCUCGCCCACCCCACACCCAAACGCCGUUGUUUUCCCGCCCCUUCCCCAAUGCACCCACUCUUCCUCCUCCUCCUCCUCCUCUUCUUCUUCUACUCCUUCGAGGUUACGACGUCGUUUCCCUCGAAUGCGAACCUCUCCAACUGCUCCCGGGUCUUCGACUGCGGCCGCUCCGAAACCUUUCGUACCCGUUCACCGGCGGGUCUCGCUCGGCCUACUGCGGGCCGCCGGAGUUCCAUAUCAACUGCGUCAACGACUCGCCGGAGCUGACCAUCUCGUCGCUGAGUUACCGAGUUCUCCAACUCGACCCGGUUCGUCGGAAUCUGAAGCUGGCCCGCUCAGACCUCUGGACCUCGACCUGCACAGACAAGGUCUUCAACUCAACUAUGAAACCCGAGUUCUUCGCCUACAACGAGAGCGACGACAUUUACGUGUCCAUUUUCUACGGCUGUAAUUCGACGAUCACUACGCCGAAGCUCUCGAAUUGGUUCCACUGCAACAACAGUCUGGCUUUCCAAGACUCUUACUACUUGCUCGGGCCGGUCCCGCUCGACCCGAUUAUGAGCACUUUCAAGUGUGAGAUUGGAAUUACGGUGCCGAUUCUCAAAACCACGGCGGCGAAGCUCGUCGCCAAUCGGUCGCUGUUUCAGGAAGCGAUCAAUGAAGGCUUCACUGUUAACUAUACCAACCCUUAUGAUAAUCAAUGCGCUCAGUGUCUUGGUGUAAAUGGCCUGUGUGGGUUUGACUCGGAUUCGAGCGAACCCGUUUGCAUUUGCGGCAAUCGGGUUUGUGACCCAGCAGGAAAAAAGAAGGAAAUAGCAAUAGGUCUUGCUGUAGGAGGUGCAAUCCUUUUUGGCAUUUUCAUAGGAUUCUAUAUAUAUUCUUUCAUACAAAAAAAGAAGAAGAAACUUGCUGCACUAGCUCAAAGCAAAGAGAUUCCGACACCCCUCACGAGCAAAAGCGUUGCUACUCCCUCAACUAAUCUCUCUCAAUCUCAAAGCAUCCCUUCUUAUCCUUCCUUUACUUCAAAGUCAGACUACGAUAAGGGGAGCACUUACUUUGGAGUUCAGGUCUUCAGCUAUACUGAAUUAGAGGAAGCCACUGAAAAUUUCAAUCCUGCUAAAGAACUUGGAGAUGGAGGAUUUGGCACUGUUUACUAUGGUAAGCUACAGGAUGGCCGUGUAGUUGCAGUGAAGCGCCUUUACGAGAACAAUUUCAAACGUGUGGAGCAGUUUAUGAAUGAGGUCGAGAUCUUAACUCGUCUCGAACACCGGAACCUUGUCAAGCUGUACGGAUGCACCUCAAGACGCAGCCGAGAACUCCUCCUUGUUUACGAGUAUAUUCCUAAUGGAACAGUGGCUGACCAUCUCCAUGGGAAAAGAGUCGAAUCCGGGUUUCUUAGUUGGCCUGUUCGAUUGAGCAUCGCCAUAGAGACAGCUGAUGCACUGGCUUUCCUUCACCGCAAUGAUGUAAUACACCGUGAUGUCAAGACCAACAAUAUUCUCAUAGACAACGACUUUUGUGUGAAGGUCGCUGAUUUUGGGCUGUCCAGAUUGUUCCCCAACGAUGUCACGCAUGUUUCAACUGCUCCACAAGGGACCCCCGGCUAUGUUGAUCCUGAGUAUUACCAAUGCUAUCAACUCACGGACAAGAGUGAUGUAUAUAGCUUUGGUGUGGUCUUGAUCGAGCUCAUAUCAUCAUUACAAGCAGUGGAUACCAAUAGGCACCGGCAUGAUAUAAAUUUGGCCAACAUGGCUAUCAACAAAAUUCAAAAUCAUUUAGUGAAUGAGUUGGUUGAUCCUCUGCUUGAGUUCGAAACGAACCAUGUUGUUAGGAGGAUGGCAACAGCAGUGGCAGAAUUGGCCUUCCGAUGUUUGCAACAGGAGAGGGACAUGAGGCCAACCAUGGACGAAGUGUUAGAUGGUUUGAGAGCAAUCCAGAAUGAAGAUCUUGGUUCAGAAGACGGUCAAGCAGUUGUGCUGGAUAUCGGGGCAGAUGACGUUGGACUCUUGAGGAACAUGCCUCCCCCACUCUCACCAGACUCAGCUGGAACUGAUAAAUUGGUUUAUAAGAGGUGGGACAAAACUAUUUAACCCAACUGGUGAUGGUGGAAGCUCAGACUCAGAGUUCAACAAAAUCUCAUGGUGGAUUGAUUUUGUAACUUUUAAGUUGUAAAUGCAGGAAAGCACCAUUGUCGUGCGCGGAUGGUGGACUAACUUUUGGUACAAUACUUUCUUCGCUACAAGGUGCGGCAGAGAUGGCCUUUGUUGUCAUGUCACUACGAUAUUUUGGGUUUUGGUUUUGCCUUUUUUCUUCUUCUAUACAAUUAUGUAUAAUUAUACAUUUAUAUAUGCACAAUCAACUUACAAUUGUUUGAGUAUAUCUAUUUGAAUAAAGCAACCAAAAAAAAAAAAAUCAUGUAAAUAUGCAAUUAUAUUUUAUCUUUGUAUAGGCAA